ACUAGUCAGCUAAGUUAAGUUAGUUAGUCAGUGACGAGCCAGCCCAUAGUUUGGUUAGUCGCAGUUAGAAUCGCUGGCAGGGCUCAUAAUUUGGUCUUCUCAGGGUUCGCUGCUCUUCCCCCUCCAGCCCGCGACUCGCUCUCCUCUGCUGUAGAACAUCCUGUGUUGGAGUCGCCUGAAGCUACCAGAGACGCCGAAGGAUAGAUACUGGAGAAGAACCAAUUCGCUGCGCUUUUUCGCAAUGGCUCCACGGGUAUGUGUACCUAUAUUUAUGCCCUCCAAGCCCCACGGGAUAUUUAGUGACGCUAUGGCUGAAAUAGCUGGGGUGACUGUGUAUCUACCGGGCGGUGGAACAAACGGACGAUUAAUCAGGACGCAUAGGUUAUUGCUCAACCGUCUCUCGACGCCGUGAAGGAUGUCCUCGCGCAGUCAAGGGGUUCCCCGAACCCGCCGAACAUGGUCCCGGUAACGGCGUCGAUACCGGCAGACCUUCUGACUCCCACAGUCGCAUAUCUUAAAAUCUCAGCAGAGUGAGUCUGGUCGAGCAGUUUGUGGACUUUGGCUAUACAUUUGAAGGCUAACAGGCUCUUUCCUCAAGCUCGAAACGGUCGUUUCUUUACGAGAGUGCAGCGACGACGGAGACGAUCGGCAGGUACAGCUUCGUUGGAGCGGGUACGUACUGAAAUAUUUCUACUGUGGUUGAAUAUAGGGCUAAUGCAUGAUGAUGUCUAGACCCCAAGGAUGUGCUUGUGUCUGGACCUGGACAUGGACCGGAAUGUGACCCCUUGCCGCUGCUCGAGAAGGAGAUCUCGCAGUGCCGUGUUGCGACUGUUCCCGGACUGAAGCUGCCACCACUUACUGGAGGGGCGAUUGGAUACGUUGGAUACGACUGCGUUAGAUACUUUGAGCCUAAGACUGCUCGUCCUAUGAAGGAUAUACUAUGCAUACCCGAGUCGCUAUUCAUGUUGUUCGACACCAUCGUUGCAUUCGACCACUUCUUCCAGGUUAUCAAGGUGAUAACUUAUCUCCGGGUACCAGAUGGAGAUGCCGACAUAGAAAAACUCUACCGGGAAGCCGAGUUGGUACUCCAGAAGAUGAUUCACAAGCUUCUAGAUCCCAAGGUGCCCAUGCCUCCACAGCCUCCUAUCCAGCCCGACCAGGUAUAUACAUCGAACAUUGGCCAGGCAGGAUAUGAAGGCCAUGUCCACCGGCUAAAGGAGCACAUCGGGAAAGGUGACAUUUUCCAGACCGUGCCAUCCCAACGGCUUGCACGGCCUACCACUCUCCAUCCAUUUAACCUGUUCAGACAUCUGAGAUCCGUGAACCCUUCGCCGUACCUAUUUUACAUCGACUGCGCCGACUUCCAGAUCGUUGGUGCCAGUCCCGAGCUCCUGGUCAAGAAGGAAGCAGACAGGAUCAUCACCCAUCCCAUUGCUGGUACUGUUCCAAGAGGCAAAACUCCCGAGGAGGACGAGAAACUUGCCGAAGAGCUCCGCAACAGUCUAAAGGACCGUGCUGAGCAUGUCAUGCUAGUCGACCUGGCCAGAAACGAUGUCAACCGUGUCUGUGACCCAGCAACCACCCAGGUCGACCGUCUGAUGGUUGUUGAGAAGUUCUCUCAUGUCCAGCAUUUGGUCUCCCAGGUCUCUGGCGUCCUGCGGCCGGAGAAGACCAGAUUCGAUGCGUUCCGAUCUAUUUUCCCUGCUGGUACGGUCAGUGGUGCGCCCAAGGUACGAGCCAUGCAACUGAUUGCUGAGCUGGAAGGUGAGAAGCGUGGUGUGUAUGCUGGCGCUGUUGGAUACUUUGGAUAUAACCGCUGCAGCCUGGACGGAAAGGAGAUCAUCGACGGCGCCAUGGACACCUGCAUUGCGUUGCGGACAAUGGUACUCAAGGACAACGUUGCCUACCUCCAGGCCGGCGGUGGCAUCGUCUUUGACUCUGACCCGUACGAUGAGUAUGUUGAGACCCUGAACAAGCUGGGCGCAAACGUCCAGUGUAUAAAGGGGGCCGAGGAGCUGUACCUCGCCCUAGAGAAGGAAUCUGCCAGUAAAUAAUAAACUAGAUCUCACAUUUGCACUUCUUCUAUCUACUCAUCUGCAUCUAUCCUCAUCAUCUUCAUCUACGUCUGUCUACUCCUGAUACUCAUAUUGAUACUCCUAUUAAUCUCUAUCUAUAUCUUCUAUCGGCGUUGUGGCUGGGCAGCUUAGUCAUCACCCCCACUUCAACUGACUCAGCCACUUUUCUUCUGCGUCCACGACGUCAACACUCAAAACUUCAACAUUCACCGAAGUCGAGAUUUUUUCCCGGCAUCUUCAGAAACGAAUAUCUUCUUGUCUUUUUAUUCUGCUUCUUCUUCUCUCCUUCACAUAGCCUUUGCUCUGCUGAAGCCGCCGAAAAGACAUCUUCUCCUGCGUCCUUGUUGUCCAUCACCCAGCGGGUUCUGGCUUGGCACGUUCGCUCCAGCGGCCCGACUAACUACAGUACGUAAGUUCAGUCAACUAUUAUUAUUUUAUUAUCUGCUCCACGACCAUCUACGCGAGCGAACAUAAUGCCCUGCACUGGCAGAUAAGCCAUCGUCUUUGUCCCUGUGCCGUGUGCAUGGAAAGGGUAUCACUGCUUUGACACUCCCUUGCGAAACAAAACAUCCUGCACUGGCCGGUUUACUGAAGGCGCAAACUUCUCCGUUUAACUAGUUAGUUACCGUCUCCUUUUUGCGCACCUCACGAGCGCGCCG